UUAAAACACUGGCUUAAUUUCUUUUUUAUAAUGAAAUAUUCUAGAACGCAUACAACUACAGAGAGCAUUGAACCAUUUUAAAGAAGGUGGCACUCUAAAUGAGGCUUUGCAUGAACAGGAUAUCCCUUACAAAUAUAAUAAUCACACGUAAUCACUUUUGCAGACCAAAUAAAAGUUCGGUAUUUUAACUUUUACAUUGGUGAAUGGAGGAAAAUAUAAAAGUGAUGAGUGAUUACAAAGAGUUGCAUACAGGAAGCUUUUAAAAGCAUCUCACUUUCCUAAAUUACAGUGCAUGGGUUUGAUCCGGAGGGGCCGGCAGUAUCUUGAAGAUAAGAGAGUGGAAGGGCAGCGGCAGCCAGGGGUUAAACCCAGCCACUUCCUGAAUGGACAGGAAACAGGAAGUGUGAGUCAGCAUUCCUGAAAUGCCACACAGCUAGAAUGACCUCCCAUGACAAACUGGUUGAGGUGUUCACAUUUUCUUUACGUUUAAAAUAUCUGUUUUGUGCUUGUGCUUUUUUCUUUUUCAAUCUGUUGGUCGGUAAACCACCUUCAAUAUUCAUGACUUUCAUUUCCUUUGUUAAACAUUAUACUCUUCUGUGAAUAAGUUAAUAGAAAACUAAAACGAAUUCAUACAUUCACCAGUGCACCAUCAUCACGAAAUGGUGGAGUCUUGGGGGGAAGCUGGAGAGAGAGGGGCCGGUGGACGACAUCAAGAGAGACCUGCUGGAGGAGCUCGAUGCUCUACCUGCACAGACCGGCCACCGGCUCCUGUUAAUGUGUCCGUCAUGCACCUGCGAGCCGACUCGGCAACUGUAUCCUGGGAAGUUCCAGAGGGAGAUAUAAUAAUCGGCUUUUCGAUCUCACAACAGAGGCAGGAGGGACACAUGCAACGAUUCAUUCGGGAAGUCAACACCACCAGCCGCUCUUGCGUCCUCUGGGACUUGGAGGAGGAGACAGACUACAUCAUCCAGGUCCAGUCAAUCGGCCUUUAUGGGGAGAGCCAAGCCAGCAAGAAGGUCCAUUUUCGAACCCUCAAAAAGACAGAUCGCUUCCCCUCCAACAGCUCCAACCAAGAUGACCCCACUGUGCAGGGCCUGGAUAAGUCCCGACAUAUACAAACAGGAGAGAUGAUCAUCAUCGUGGUGGUCCUGGUCAUGUGGGCAGCUGUGAUUGCCCUGUUCUGCCGGCAGUAUGACAUCAUCAAGGACAACGACUCCAGCAACAGUAAGGAGAAGGCCAAGCCGUCGUCGGAGAGGAGCACGCCGGAGCACCACAGCGGGGGGCUGCUGAGGAGCAAGUUUCAUCCUUCUGUGCCGUCUAUCAACAUCAUUGAGGUUUGAGAAGAAGCAAGACAACGUUAAAUGGCUCUCUCUUCUAACAUCAAUGCAUUCCUCCACCUUUGUCACUGAUGAGAAAACAUGUGUAGUGGAUCGGGUUGGCUGAAGCUGUGUUUGCAAAAUGCACCCGGCAUUUGUAGGAAAACACCUAACUACAUGUACACACAUACUGUAUCUACAUGACCACACAUAGACACACACACAUUACAGUACAGUAGCUACUCCUGCAGGUAGAUAGGACACAAACUAAUGUUAACCCAUGGUGCCGUUAACACUGAUGACUGCCAGCCACUUGGUAAGUUAUUGCAGUAUAAAAAGACACGAUCAUCUCUGGGAGGCCGGUCUUCAUGACUUUAAAGUCGCAGUGUAUUUUUGAUAUCGGCAUGUGCAGUUAGACACCACGUUCACCUGGUAUAGGCAACUCAGCUCUUAGUAAAUCCACAUUUUCCCAUUGCAUAUAUAUAUAUAUACAUAUAUAUACAUAUAUUCAUCACACCUGUAUGUUAUCGUACUGCUUAGGGCAGCUUGGUCAAAGGGAGAGAAGCAAACAUGUAUUCAUUUGUAAGAACCGCCACAGUGUACAUUGGUCUUAAGUUUUCUAAUGAU